CCCCCGCGCCCCGCCGGGCCUGCUGAGCCUCCCCCGGGCCGGGGUCGCGCCGGGCCGGGCCGCGCCCGGGGCGGGGCGGCGCUGCCUGCAUGACCCUCCGGCGGCGCGGGGAGAAGGCGACCAUCAGCAUCCAGGAGCAUAUGGCCAUCGACGUGUGCCCCGGCCCCAUCCGUCCCAUCAAGCAGAUCUCCGACUACUUCCCCCGCUUCCCGCGGGGCCUGCCCCCGGACGCCGGGCCCCGCGCCGCUGCACCCCCGGACGCCCCCGCGCGCUCGGCUGUGGCCGGUGCCGGCCGCCGCAGCCCCUCCGACGGCGCCCGCGAGGACGACGAGGAUGUGGACCAGCUCUUCGGAGCCUACGGCUCCAGCCCGGGCCCCAGCCCCGGUCCCAGCCCCGCGCGGCCGCCAGCCAAGCCGCCGGAGGACGAGCCGGACGCCGACGGCUACGAGUCGGACGAUUGCACCGCCCUGGGCACGCUGGACUUCAGCCUGCUGUACGACCAGGAGAACAACGCCCUCCACUGCACCAUCACCAAGGCCAAGGGCCUGAAGCCGAUGGACCACAAUGGGCUGGCAGACCCCUACGUCAAGCUGCACCUGCUGCCGGGAGCCAGUAAGGCAAAUAAGCUCAGAACAAAAACUCUCCGUAACACUCUGAACCCCACGUGGAACGAGACCCUCACUUACUAUGGGAUCACAGACGAAGACAUGAUCCGAAAGACCCUGCGGAUCUCUGUGUGUGAUGAGGACAAAUUCCGGCACAAUGAGUUCAUCGGGGAGACACGUGUGCCCCUGAAGAAGCUGAAACCCAACCACACCAAGACCUUCAGCAUCUGCCUGGAGAAGCAGCUGCCGGUGGACAAGACCGAAGACAAGUCCCUGGAGGAGCGGGGCCGCAUCCUCAUCUCCCUCAAGUACAGCUCGCAGAAGCAGGGCCUGCUGGUGGGCAUCGUGCGGUGCGCACACCUGGCCGCCAUGGACGCCAAUGGCUACUCGGACCCCUACGUGAAAACAUACCUGAGGCCAGAUGUGGACAAGAAAUCCAAACAUAAGACAGCGGUGAAGAAAAAAACCCUGAACCCGGAGUUUAAUGAGGAGUUCUGUUAUGAGAUUAAGCAUGGGGACCUGGCCAAGAAGUCCCUGGAGGUCACCGUUUGGGAUUACGACAUUGGAAAAUCCAACGAUUUCAUUGGUGGCGUGGUUCUGGGCAUCAACGCCAAGGGGGAGCGCCUGAAGCACUGGUUUGACUGCCUGAAGAACAGGGACAAACGCAUCGAGCGCUGGCACACACUCACCAGCGAGCUCCCGGGGGCCGUGCUCAGUGACUGACGCCCGCCCCCCACCGCUACCCCUGCCGCCGCCUGCGCCCAGCACGGCCGGCCCCGGGCUUCCCCAGCAGCCACCAAGGCCUGUGGCC